AUGUCCGCUUCCCCGGCAGCCAGCGGGCGGCAGGAGCCCGGGGGGGCGCAGGGGGGCAGCCCGGUGCCGCCGCCCCCGUACGGCGCGGAGCCGGCGCUGGAGCCGGGGCCGGAGCCGGAGCCGGAGCCGGAGCUGCGCGGGGCGCUGGACUGUCUGGCCUGCGCCGUCCUGCUGAGCGCGCACAACCUGCUGGCGGCGGCGCUGUGCGCGCUGCUCUGCGCCCUGGUCUGCGCGGCCGCGCUGCUGCCCGCGGGCACCGCGCUGGGGCUGGGCUUCCUCUGCCACUCCAAGUUCCUGCACGCCCGGGUGGCCCCGUGCGAGGCCCAUCUUCACGACGCUGGUGCCACGGCCCUGCUCGUGCUCGGCUUCACCCUGCUGCUGCCGCUCCUGGUGCUCGGCCUGGCGGCCUUCGUCCGGCUGGCCCGGCGCCUCCAGCUCGGUUACUGCCUGCUGCCCUACAGCCUGGCCGUCUACCGGAACCUGCCUGCCGGCCGCUACCACCAGGCCGCCUGGUGCUGCCCCCGGGCCCACGCGCCCACCCCCGCGGACAAGGUCUGGGUGUGAGGGGGGCCCCUCCCCACAGGCGAGAGACAUCGGGGGGACCCCUCCAAUGGCAGCAACACCCCAAAGAGACUGGGGGGGGGCAGGGGAACGGCUGUUCGUUUGGGGUGAGCGACACCUGCUCGUUCUGCUGGCUGCUUUG